GCUCAACCAUUUGAACUGGCAGAUAAUAAUUACAAACAUAAUCAAUACAUAAUCCAAACAAUUAAUUUCUCCAUCAUUUCUUCUUUGCUCCCAUGGCAACUCCAAUCACAAAAACCCCAUCACCUGCAUGUACAAAAUUCAUAGAAGAAAUCACAAGAAUUUACAAAUCACUCCCACCAAGACCAUCCAUUUUAGAAAUUGAAGCUUCAAUUUCUGUAAUAAAAUCAGUAGAAACAGAAGAAAAAAUAGAACUUGAUGAAAUUUCCAAGAAAGUAGUGGAGAUAGAAGAAAAUGUUCCAGCUGAGCUUUUCUCUGUGUUACAACAAGUGAGAAAAGCUAUGGUUUUGUUUCAAAGCAAAGAACAGAGGAAAGAGGCUGUUCAGUUAAUUGAACUUGAUAAGACUUAUCAAGAUUUUGAUGUGUUGAUUCAGGAAGCUACAGAGUUGAUUUCUGGAGAUACCCAAAUGGGAAAAAUCAAUUCUUUUGAGGACCCAAUUGGUGAAAUUGGAAAAAAAGAUGAGAAUUUGAUGAAGGGUUUGGUUACAAGUUGUGAAUUGAUUACUGUUUCUUCUUCAGGUUUGGGGAUCAAGCACAAAGAGAAGUACAGUUUAAUGAAAGUAGCUGCCCUAAUUGAAAAUGCUGCCAAAACUCGAGCAAGAGUUGUCGAUCUUCACAACAAGUUAAUGGACAAGAUUGAAUGGCUUCCGUUGUCACUUGGGAAAUUGGUGAAUGUCACUGAGCUAAACGUUGCCGAUAACCAAAUUAUGGCUCUUCCAACUACAAUUGGUAGCCUUAAUGCCUUAACGAAGCUCGAUCUUCACUCCAACCAAAUUAUAAACCUUCCUGAUUCAUUUGGUGAGCUAAUCAAUUUGACUGAUCUCGACCUUCACGCGAACAGGUUGAAAUCGCUGCCAGCUUCUUUCAGGAACUUAGUAAAUCUGAUUGAUCUUGAUUUGGGUUCGAAUAGGUUCGCUCAUUUGCCUGAUUUCGUUGGGAACUUAACCUCCUUGAAGAGACUAAACGUGGAAACAAAUCAGCUCGAGGAACUUCCUUACACAGUAGGAUUUUGUUCUUCCCUUGUAGAACUGAGAUUGGAUUUUAAUCAGCUUAAAGCUCUCCCCGAGGCAAUGGGAAUGCUCGAACACUUGGAGAUUCUUACACUGCACAUCAACAGAGUUAAAGGAUUACCAACGACAAUGGGGAAUCUUUCUCACCUCAGGGAACUUGAUGUUAGCUUCAACGAAGUUGAGAACAUACCCGAAACAUUCUGUUUUGCUGUCAGCUUGGAAAAGCUUAAUCUUGCAAACAACUUUGCAGACUUAAAAACUUUACCAAGAUCAAUCGGGAACCUUGAGAAUCUUGAAGAGCUUGAUAUUAGCAACAGUCAAAUAAGAACGUUGCCCGACUCCUUCAGGCUCUUGUCAAAGUUGAAAACUUUUCGAGCUGAUGAGACUCCACUAGAAGUACCACCAAGGCAAAUUAUAAAGCUAGGGGCUCAGGUUGUUGUAGAGUACAUGGCUGAAUUCGUCGCUAAGAACGAGCUUCAAUUGCAGCGGCCAAAGAGAAGGAGAGCUUUCUUUUCUCUGAGUUGCCUAUUUCCUAACACCGAGAGGAAGAGGCGGAUCUAGAGCAUGUACUGUGGGUUGAACCGAACCUAAUGCUCGCGGAUCGAACUAUUUGUACAUCCUGCAAAAAACAUUUGAAAACAUAUACAUAUUAUAGGAUCUCACUCAUUCUGAAUCCACUGACUCUAGAUCCUGGAUUCACCUUAGUGAGAGGUGUCGGAUACCUUCAGAAUCCAUCAAAGCAAUUAUAUAUAUAUAUAUAUAUAUAUAUGAAAAGUUACUCCAAACUAUAAUGAUAUAGCUAGCUAGAAUACUGCAUUUAUAAGACAGUAUUACUGUUUCUUAUAAGAGUUGAAUUGAGUGAA